GAGAAAGCUUACUACCCCCUCUCUUCAACAGCAAUAAAACAGAGCAAAAGAGGGGGGAAAACAGAGCAUCCUUAAUUAUAUUUUGACAGUGAGGCUCAAUUAAAGGAACACUUCUUUUCUUGUUCUUCCCUUUCCCCUGAUUUCCAUUCCCUUGACACUGUUACAUCAACGCAAACCCUCUCCUUUCCAAGCAUAACGACUGCAAAAUAGCUUAAGCCAACACUCUGUCUAAGGGAAAAUGGCAGGCUACCGUUGGGAGUUCUCCGGGGCCGAUGAGACCCACCAGCCUUUCAGGCAUUUCUUCAAGUUGAUUAUGGCAGGAGCCGUUCAAAGCAAGAAACUGAUGCUGCCGGGGAGGUUUGUGAGGACUUUCAGAAACGAGCUUUAUGACGAAGUAAAGCUGGAAGUACCAACGGGCAGAGUUUGGACGGUGGGUUUGACAAGAGAACGGGGAGAACACGGAGAACCGCAAGUGUGGCUGGAUUUCGGAUUCGGCCAUUUUCUGGAUUAUUACUCCAUCACCGAGCAGGGCUAUCUGCUGAUGUUUGAGUAUAAUGGCUUCUCCAGUUUCAAAGUGAUUAUUUGCGACAAGUCUGCUUGCGAGAUUGUGUACCCGCGCCCACUACCUCUGCCAUCUUCUUCCGAUGAAGAAGACGAUGAUGAAGAUGAAGAGGAAGAAGAAAGCAUCGAUUUGGGAUUUGGUACCAAGGAGACCGAUGAAGAUUCUGAUUCUGACACCAAUGAAGAAGUCCCCCAUAUGCUUUCUCGGAGGGAAAACGGCAGACGCCGUACUGCUUCAGGGUCUCGCCGGAAACCACCCACGGAACGAUCCGCCGGCACUUCUUCAGCAGCAGCGGGGGAACGAAACAGGGGAAAGCGGCCAAUUCUGACGGAGGAGGAUAGUGAUGGAGCUACAGAGGACUCCCAAUCUGCCGAUGACUGGGAAAUAGGCAGGAGCAAAAGAAAGGGAAAACAAGCGGCGAGGAGCAGCAAUGGCGCUUCAGGGUCUCGACACCACCAGCCAACACAAUCCAGUGCAGCAACACGCUAUCUUGAAACUGCUUCAGGGCGGGACAAAGUUCUGUGGAGCCGUCUGCUGGCAUCGAAGAUCAUGUUCUCGGCCAAGUUCCAGCUGACUUUCGCGAAGUUGUCUCGAGUGAGCAAGAAAGGGAUAGAAAAGGCCAUCUCUUGCAACAAGCAAGGGAACCCUUCGGUAUUAAUGGUCAUGCAGAAAUUCAACAUCCAUCCAGGCAUUAUGUACCUUCCCACGAAGUUCGCCAAGGAGUACUUACGCAGAGAUUCUGAAACGAUAGUGCUGCGUGCCUUUGAGGGGGGAGAAUUCGUGGGCGAAUUCGAGAUUUGUACCACCAGAAACAACAAACAGGUCCUGCUGUUCCUGUGUUGGGGUGAGUUCUGUCAGGCCAAUUACUUGGUCCAAGGAGAUGUAUGCUUGUUGGAGCUCGUUGAUACGAAGGACAAGGUUUUUCAUGUUCAUAUCUUUAGGGCCUGAUGGGUAAUGAAGAUUCAGUGGUAUUGUGGGAAUUUGCUGAUGCUACUUUAGGGUGAUCUGUUUCAGAAACUAAGCUAUCCUUUCAUUGUCUUAGACUCUUAGUGAUUUGAUGUAAAUUUGUCAUAUCCGUCGUGUUUGUUUCUCUACCAGACUCGGUAUUACUGCAUUAGUCAUUCUAGUUUUGCUUCCACAGCAGUUUCACUUCAGGCAAGCUAAGGAACUCAUCAUUUCCAUGGACUGGUCCAUUGUCAGGAUUUCCAUAUAAAGAAAAUGUAAGAGAAUCCCGUGGAUGUGUAGAGAUGACAAUCAUAAAUUCAAAAAGGGAGGACAGAAGUCAAUGUAUGCAAAUUACUCUAUAUGAUUCUCUGCCCUGCAGCAGAGAUUUGAUCCUCCUGUACUUUCAGGUCUUCCCUCCCUCUCUCUCUUACAAAGAAAGCCAACCUCAAAGUGGAAGAAAAAAAAUGGAGUGAACAGAAUUCAUCAGUGAUUCUGAUACUAUGAAAUUCAACAUGGAUAAACCAAACCGUUGGUAAGAAAGCAGCAGCAGCAGCAGAGUUCAUAAACCAGAACGCUCGAAGCUAACAAAGAGACGGUCAUUCAACAAUAUAAUAACAUGACACGA